ACAUUUUCUAAACCUCUUUUGGCUUUGAAUAUCUCCAACAGAGAUGUGAAUAGAAAUUUCAUCUUCAUUUCUCCAAAAUCCCCAACAAAUAGAAUAUCCUAUCAUAUGUUAUGAGUGGUUGCAUAUAAGAAUUACAAAGACAAGGUGUGAGAAUCCAAAAACAGACAUAUAUUCACUUAAAAAUAAUGUGCAAUACAUGAUUAUCUUUAGAAGUGUAUAUAAGGUGUUUCUUUUAAGAUGUGUUAUAAUAUAAUAUAUCCGCGUUAUGCACACGAAGCCCCUGGGUACUGUGCAAAGCUUACAUUGUCCAGAUAUGGAUCACCGUGUUAGGAAGAGUGGCCAGAUUGGGACCUGUGGAGUGCAGAUGGGUCUAGUCUGUCAAGAGUGUGUGGAAGAGUAUUUGCCUUUUGAUAAGAGGUGGUAGAGAGUCUAUUAGAUGAAAUGAGUGGAGAGGAGGCAAGCACAAAUGAAUGUGUGAUACUGUUUGGGAAAGAAUUAGGGUCCGUUCCUGCAGUUUGUAACUCUGCAGGAAACUCUGUCACUGAGCAAUUCUCUUAAUUUUUUAAAAAACAGACAGAACACUUGUAAGGGUUUUUAGCUUGGCUAAUAAGAUUUUUUUUUUCUUUCUGAAAUAUAGCUGUUAGCCUGGAAGUUCUAAUUGUAGUUUCUAUCUGAGACAAAAGCCAUAAAUGGACCAAAUGAAUGAUUGCAUUUGACCUGCAAUAUUCCAUACAUAUUAUACCACGAAAUACCCAGGCCUAAGGAUUGCCUUCGGUCUAUUAUGAAGAGAGUGAACCAUAAGGAUCCUCAUGUUGCUAUGCAAGCACUGACACUUCUAGGAGCAUGCGUAUCAAACUGUGGUAGAAUCUUUCAUUUAGAAGUGUGUUCAAGAGAUUUUGCUAGUGAAGUAAGCAACGUAUUGAAUAAGGGUCAUCCAAAAGUCUGUGAAAAGCUAAAAGCCCUAAUGGUGGAAUGGACAGAUGAAUUCAAGAACGACCCACAGCUUAGUCUAAUAUCUGCCAUGAUAAAAAAUCUUAAGGAGCAAGGAGUUACAUUUCCAGCUGUUGGUUCACAGGCUGCAGAACAAGCAAAAGCAAGCCCAGCUCUAGUAGCCAAAGAUCCUGGUACAGCAGCUAACAAAAAGGAAGAGGAAGAUUUAGCAAAAGCCAUUGAAUUGUCCCUAAAAGAACAAAGGCCACAGCAAACAACACUUUCCAGUUUGUAUCCGAGCACGUCAAGCCUCUUAACGAAUCACAAACAUGAGGGCCGAAAGGUUCGUGCGAUCUAUGAUUUUGAAGCUGCUGAAGAUAAUGAAUUAACAUUUAAAGCUGGAGAACUUAUAACUGUACUUGAUGACAGUGAUCCAAAUUGGUGGAAAGGUGAAACUCACCAAGGAACAGGAUUAUUUCCCUCUAAUUUUGUAACAGCUGACCUUACUGCUGAACCAGAAAUGAUGAAAACGGAGAAGAAAACAGUACAGUUCAGUGAUGAAGUUCAAGUAGAGACAAUAGAACCUGAGCCUGAACCAGUUUAUAUUGAUGAAGAUAAAAUGGACCAACUGUUACAGAUGUUACAAAGUGCAGAUCCAACUGAUGAUCAGCCGGAUCUACCAGAGCUGCUUCAUCUUGAAGCAAUAUGCCACCAAAUGGGACCUCUCAUUGAUGAAAAGCUGGAAGAUAUUGACAGGAAACAUUCAGAACUUUCAGAGCUCAAUGUUAAGGUCAUGGAGGCUCUUUCAUUAUAUACCAAGUUGAUGAAUGAAGACCCAAUGUAUUCCAUGUAUGCAAAACUACCAAACCAACAUUAUUAUAUGCAAUCUUCUGGUGUUUCUGGCUCUCAGGUUUACCCAGGGCAGCCUCAAAGUAGUACAUAUCUGGUGGCAGGGAGUGCACAAAUGGGCCAUAUUCAAGGCUAUAAUCUUCCCCAAGAGCAACUUCCUUCUCUCAACCAAGGCACAGUUCCUCAAUCGGCAAGCUCAGGACUCCCUAGUCAGCCAGCUCAGACAUCUUAUGCUAAUGCAAUGGUCAGCUCUGUUCCUGGAAACACAUAUUCCAACCAGGCUUCAAUGUACAGUCCACCUCCUGCUGCUGUUGAUGUUGCUGCUUACCAGAAUGCUGGAACUAAUGUGUCGCAGGUGCCAAACUAUAACUUAGCAUCUUCAACUCUGCCUCCACCAGCAGGCAGUCAACAACCGCCGCCACCACAACCACAUACUUACUCCCAGAAGGCAUUACUAUAGGACCCAGAACUUCUGAUUCCUAAUCUUCUCUAACCUCUGCUAAAUGCAGUUGACAACGUUAUAAGCUUCUUCCUUUAAUCUCUUAAACAUUGUUUAUCCUCAGUUUAAUAGGAAUCUACCCUGGUGAACAGGUUCAAUGAUUCAAUUUGCACUGACUUUUUAGGAUUUUUUUUUAAUUUUGCAGAGGAACAAAAAUAUUUAGGACAUUUAAUUCCUUUUAAAAGGCCUAAAAUUGGUACAAGAUUAUUUAUGUCUGGUAAAAUUGGCUAGUCUGUGAAAACUCAAUUUGCAAACUUUCGUGGCAUAAAUGUUAUGUACAUAAUAGUGUGUGAUUGCAAUAGUGGCCAUUUGAAAUAGCGCUUGUGAUCAUGUGAAUAUAUUUAACAAACUGUUAAAAUAUUUUACAUUACUAUUUUAUUUUAAUCAUGAACAGAUGACCAUGUUUCAUAGUUGUGCCUAGUUUUGUGAAGGAUGUGAUACCCUUUUGCAAUGCAGGAAAAGGUUUAAAUCUGCAUAUCAUGGUUAAUAUUUACAUGCUAAGGUCUAUAUGUUAAUUUCCAAAUGUAAUUACAUCUAAGUGUCAUUCAUUGUGAAUUGAACUUAAGUAUAUCAUGACUUCCUGUAGUCUGCAGAUACUAUUAGCUGGCAUUAUCUACCAAAGUAAAUUAGUUAACCUUUUAAAUGGUCUGGCGAGGUCACAGCAAAUGAUGAUUCUGUUUUAGAAUAAUAAUUAUUUAAAACUCUUAUUUACAGGCUUCUAAACAUAUCAUGGGACCAUGAAACUGAUCAGAAUCUUACAACUUAUUGUUUAAAGCAUAUAAUGAUGUACUUUUCCAUACUAGCGUUGUAUAACUAGGGUUCUGACCUGUAUUGUGUGUGUAUUGGUGAAGAUUACACCAAAGACAGAGAAACUGAGUUUGGAUGGGAAUGAAUGGAAUUUUUAAACUGGAACAAAAACAUGAAUAUACUACAUUAUUCAUGACUCUGGUAAUUAUUUAGCUCACACAUGAAGAAUUAUGGACAGAUAUAGAUAUAGAUAUACACUUGGCUGAGCAAACCUUUACAUUUUUAUUUUAACUCUUGUGGCCCUGCUUAGCAAAAUUGUUCUGUGUACUGUUAUUACACAAAACACUUCAGCCUUAAUCCAACAUCUCUUCUUAAUUUCCUAAUUUUUAGUUGUCUGAUGCCUUGUUGUUUUUUUAAUACUUCUCUAGUAUGAAUAGUUUCUCAUUUCACUUUUUCAAAACUCUUCAGAAUUUGGUUAAAAUUUUAGAUCAUUUUACAUUCUGUUCUGUAGUGAUGUGAACUUACACAGGUUGUUCUGUCUCUCACUUUCUGUAUGCCAUUCAUAAACUCAGUGAAAGGGUAACAAUAACUGAAUGAAUCAUUUUACAGCGGUCUAAUCAAUGUAUCUUAUACAAAAGAAUGUUUCUUUUGAUUUGUAUUCUAUUUCUGUUGUUGCACGCUUGCGUCCCGUUUGCCUUUUUUUUAAUUCAGCCCAUUUUGAGUAGGUAGCUUUAUAGAUCUCUCAGUAUAAAACCCACAUUCUGGUUUUGGUUAGCAUACAUGCCAUAAUUGGUCAAUUUAAUAUUUAUUUUCCAUUUUAAUGUAUUGCUUCUUACGUUUCAUUCUUGUACACGUGUUAUUGCUCAGUUACCUUGACUAUCCAGUACUUUCUGAAUCUGUUUGCGGUGUUUAUAGUUAUUUGCCAUGUCUUUAGGUUUGCUAUCAUUCGCAAACAUUGGUCGAUAUUUUGCCUGUGAAUGCUGUCAACCAAACAGAUUGCAUAAAUACUAAACAAUAUGGUUGCAAACCCCAACGUACUGCAUUGCAGCAUAAUGGUAUUCUUUUCAGCUAGUGAAACUACUAUCUUUUGCUAUUUCUUAUAUUUUCUCUCCAACAAUCUGAUUAUCCCCAUAAGUCAUGACUUCUUAGUAUAGCCAGUUACAUUUGUGGGAUUUAAGGGGGAACAUAAAACAAUGUCUUGGAAUCUUUUGUACCUUACAAUGGUUUAUGUCUUGAUGAAGGUAUGCAAUUAGGAUUAUGAGCUAUCCUCUGUGUGUAUUGGACAAUUUAUUCCUAAAGGAGAGAAAUUACUUUGAUGGAGAGGAGUAGAAUUUCUACACAAACAAAAAACCCCUUCUAAUUUAUGUUUCCUUAGGCCCUGAUUGAGGAAUAUACUUAAGUAAGCCUAUGCCUAACUUGAACCAUGAAGAUAGUUCCAUUGACUUCAGUGCUUAAUUACAUUCCCAAAUAAAGGCCUAAGGCUUUGUAACUACUAAGCAUCAGUGGAAUUCUGUAUGGCCCAGUAAAACACGAUUUUUAUUAUGCCUCUUGCUAAUAACUGAUACUAUUCUAUUUUCAUAAAAUCUGUAGGCAUAUCUGGCAUCUUUUGUCUUUUUUCUCUUCUCAAUUUAAAUUUGGCCAUUUUUCUCUUAAGAUUGAAGAUUCUCUAAAAUCAUCUAUUUUGCAUUAGAAUUUUCAGACAUUGGAAAAUCUAGACAAAUCUAUUCUGAAAACUUUUAGUGCAAGUCUGUGUUUUGUUCUUUGUAUUUACUGAGCAUUUAAAAUCUAUUAUAUGCAUCUUAGAUGCUCCCAUCUUCAACCUUAUGUAUCAUGCAUAUUUAUUCACUUUUAAGGUUUAAAACUAAAAUAGCUUCUGGCCAAGUUUGCACUUUGUCCCCUCCAUAGUUUUGCAAAACUGUUUUCAAAAUGGGAUCUUUCAGAUCUGUCACUCUAAACUCUACCAGUGACUCCUCCUUGACUCCUAAGUUCUUAUCUUUCUCCAUUUCUUUUACUGUUAACAUCAUUGCUCUUAUUUAAGUUUUGUAAUGACUAGUUUUGUGAACAACUUAGAAUCAUAUAUUUUGUCCUAAAUUGCAGCACAGAUUGUGGUGUAAAACUGCGGUACAUUAGAUGACUGAUUCAGCAGGAUCAAUGUCAUUCUUUACCAACAUUCCUAUUGCCUCAUGCCCCUUUUCAUGUCACUUGCAAUAUUCUUAAGUAGAAUUCUAAGCUUUUCACUUGCCCAUCAAACUUAGUAAUAUCCUUAAACAUUUCCUAUUAAGAAUAACUGGUACACUUCCAGCUCAGACCUCCCUACAAACAUGAUUGUCUGUGAAGCUCACAUCACACUAGUUAUGUUUACCACUACUUCUUGCUUCUCUCCACAGUGUCCUAAAUUGGUUAUAUUUUCUUUUCCUCAGGAUAGACUUUUCAGUGAUAGCUAAUAUCUGUAACAUGUUGGACACCUUUAUUACACUAACUCUCUUAUUCAGCCUCCUUUCCUUUCCUACAAAUUACUUGGCCACUGCCCUUCAGUUCAAACUAGUUCCAGCUAGUUAUUUUUAAUGUAUUCCGCCUGUGAAUCCCACUAUUGAUACUUUGUUGCUGUCACUCCUUCGGAGUCCUAAACCUGCCUUGUACUAUAUGGAGAGCAGUUUCACAUUUCUUGGUUGGUCUUCCUGUGUGAAAUGUGAAUGAAAAGAGUGCGUCUCUCUACAGUUUCUCUAACAAAAAGUCAAAGCUGAGAUUUUAAAUGCCAACAAGUCAGGCUGUUCAAAAGUUUGUUUCCUUCAAAAAUACUAUCUACCAUAUUACGCUAUAGAAAGCUCAUUCUUUGAACGUCUUGAUUUCUUUGCAUGUAAAUUCUGAAUGUAAUACUAAAGUGUUUUUAAAAAAAUCUGUAUCCAUGAAGAACUAGAAAAACUGUUAUCUGACUUUAGAUAGGGUGUUGUAAUGCUUUGCUUUCUGUGACCAACAGGCACAAGUUCUCCUAAACGAUUUCUAUUCACUUAAUUUUAUAGACAUUUUGUCCAUGUCUAUCAGUUCAAUACAUAUAGGCACAACAAAGAUAGCAAGUAUUAUUGUAAAGCAUCCCAAGGAAAUUGAUUUUUCCAGAGAAGAAAACUAAGGAGUAGUACAAACUGAAAAGAUUGCUACGUUGAUAUUCUGGAGGAGACUGCUACCAGAUUUUGCCACCGUCUAGCUUCAGGAUUGGAAAAAUGUAUGCCCUGGCCAUACUUGCUAUUGGUGCCUCCGUAUAUAAGUGUUUAGUGUUACCAGCUGGAAUAUGCCUACUGUAGCACUAUACAUUAUUAAUAUAGUGUAAUUAAGCCCAAAUAAAGUAGAAAGGAGGCUUAGAAGACAACAAUAUAAGGAUCACUGAAUGUUUUUCGAAAGUCUUACAGCAGUGCACUGUCUUCCACAACAUAGUUUCUUUGUGGCUAUUACCUUUGAUUUCUGAAACGAAAAUGAGUUUGGGUCAUCAGAACUUCAGAGAAUUCUAUCGGUAAUUGCAAAUAUUGAAACUUAUGUGCAAAAUAGAGAACUCUGCUUAUAAUGAGAGCUAUCUUUGAUUAUCUGACUGAGGUUGACCCAUGGUUCUCAGAUUUCAUCCAGGUGGUAGGAAUGUUGAUUUUAGGCUGGAGAGCUGAUACCUUAUUCUCCAGCCUAAAAUCAGUGGUACUACCACAAUGUUUAAAGAAAAGCUGGGUUUCUUUGAGUUCGUUCACUUGACUCUUAACUACUUUCACUUGGCUUUCAAAGAUUUCUGUGUAAUCUUCUCUUAUAUUGGUUUUAACCUCCUGCCCCAGUCUACUGGGUUUUACAGGCAGAUGGGCAAUAACAGUACGUGUUACAGCAACUGCCUGGCUUCAGUGUGGUACUUACCUUCAGAGAAAGCAGCAUGUAUCCAUUUUUAGGAGCAGAGAAGAAAAAUGUCUCCUUUAAGUUUUUCUUGAGUUUUGUUUCACUCUUUGUUUGUUUGUUUUUCCACCUCAUGCUAAUUUUGCUAUGAAUAGCUGCAGGCAGAAUCAUUUUUUCUGUUGUUCAGUCUUAAUACAACUGACCAACUUCACAAUAGAGUUGUCCCUAUUGCCCCUGUUGCAACUAUUAAAAAUACUGAUCACUUCAAUGUUUAUAUUAUAAAGUACAAUGUCCACAGUCAGACACCUAAAAAAGGUCUUGAUAUUGAGCUUUUCACUUUAAUAUAUGAAAAACACAAGAAAAUUGUUUUAAAAAAUUCAUUGAUAUAUUAGGCUCUCUUUGUGUCUGAGAAACAUUCAACUGGCUGGAUUCAGAAUAAAUAUAUAUAGCUGCAGGUCUAAAGCUCAUUUUCUUCUUGUUGCCUCAGCCUGAAGGUGGCAGGAGAUUUCUUUUCUAUUCCUCUCUCCUGCAUGUACUUCUGGAAAGCUGAAUAAUUUGUCUCUCAUAGAAAAGAGAAUGUUAAAGUUUGUCUUGGUUUUAAUAGAGUAUAUGCAGUAGUCAAGUACUCUUUUAUUUUUGAAAUUCCAUUUAAUGUUGGCAUAUGUACGUGGAUUGCACUGUUGUAGAAAAGUGUAAUUUAGUAAAUAACACUAUUUGUAAAAACUGUUAAUUGUUUUUGGUAUGAAUGUAGAAUAUUAAAUUUGAAGCAUUUAGUACAUUAUGUUGCAAAGUUAUUUUAUGCAUUUCAUAGUAUAAAAUGAUCAAGAAAGGAAAUACUUUGAAAUGAACUAGUGGUCUUGUGGACACACACUAACUUAAAUUUCCAAACUCAAUUUUUUGCAUAUUGCAUAUAGGGAAAAAUAGUAUUGUUACAGUACAUUUAACUCAGUACAUCAAAUUCCCUGAGUUAAAAUCCAAGUAACUAACUGUAUGCUGUUACCAUAUUUCAAGUAUGUUGCAUACUAUUUGUUUCUGUAAGGCAUACACUAUAAAUAUUUUGUGGUGAUAAAGUGCAAAUGAAAGCGA